CAACCCUGCCCUCGUCAGGAGGUAGCACCCCGCGCCACUUGCCGCCCCAAGGUGGUCCGCAAAGGCACCUACGCGUGGCAGCAACGCGACCCUAGCUCUCAAUCCCGAGUACCCCGCGCCCCGACCUGCGUUAGCGCUUGUUGACGCCAAUGUGGGCGUGUCGGCGCGACGCGCGACGUCUUGACGUGCCGACAGGGCGACUGCGUCAGUCUGAGCGGGCUGCCGUUCUCAAGUCAUUUCCGGACGUUGCCGCGGGAGUUCGGUUGUCUCAGGCCCGGUAGGCGGCGGCGGCGGCGCGCGUGCGCGCUCCCGCUGUGCUGUGGAGCCAGCGGCUGCGCCAAGGCCCAGCGGAGCGAGCCAGCUUUAUCUCGGCCUUUUUGCGUGCUUGGUCGCUACCUGUAGGCUAAGUCGGCAAAAUGAGCUGCAGCAACUUGGAUGGGAACAACGACUUUGAUGAGCAGUUGCGAAUGCAAGAAUUGUAUGGAGACACCAAGGACGGAGACACCCAGAAAGAUCCCGAUAGAGAAACCAGUUCUUUUGGACAGCCGCCAGAUGACACCCCCUACGAGUGGGACCUGGACAAGAAGGCUUGGUUCCCCAAGAUCACUGAAGAUUUCAUUGCUACCUAUCAAGCGAAUUAUGGCUUUUCUAAUGAUGGUGCAUCUAGCUCUACUGCAAAUAUACAAGAUGUUAGUGCUAGCCCCGCAGAGGAACCACCACAAAGAAAUGCCCCUGAACCCACUGAUCCCAAAAAGAGGGGAGAAAAGAGAAAGGCUGAAUCAGGAUGGUUUCAUAUUGAAGAAGACAGAAAUACAAAUGUAUACGUGUCUGGUUUGCCUCCAGACAUUACAGUGGAUGAAUUUAUACAGCUCAUGUCCAAGUUUGGCAUUAUUAUGAGAGAUCCUCAAACAGAAGAAUUUAAGGUCAAGCUUUACAAAGAUAAUCAAGGAAAUCUUAAAGGAGAUGGGCUUUGCUGUUAUUUGAAGAGGGAAUCUGUGGAUCUCGCAUUAAAACUUUUGGAUGAAGAUGAAAUUCGAGGCUACAAAUUGCAUGUUGAAUUAGCAAAGUUUCAACUGAAGGGGGAAUAUGAUGCCUCGAAGAAGAAGAAGAAGUGCAAGGACUAUAAGAAAAAGCUGUCUCAGCAACAAAAGCAGUUGGAUUGGAGACCUGAGAGAAGGGAUGCGCCAUCCCGAAUGCGCCAUGAGCGAGUCGUCAUCAUCAAAAAUAUGUUUCAUCCUAUGGAUUUUGAGGAUGAUCCACUGGUGCUGAAUGAGAUCAGAGAAGAUCUUCGAGUAGAGUGUUCAAAGUUUGGACAAAUUAAGAAGCUCCUUCUAUUUGAUAGACAUCCAGAUGGUGUAGCCUCUGUAUCCUUCAGGAAUCCAGAGGAAGCUGAUCAUUGUAUUCAAACCCUUGACGGACGGUGGUUUGGUGGCCGCCAAAUCACUGCCCAAGCAUGGGAUGGAACUACAGAUUAUCAGGUGGAGGAGACCACAAGAGAAAGGGAGGAAAGGCUGAAAGGAUGGGAGGCUUUCCUCAAUACUCCUGAGGCCAAUAAAGGUCUUCAGCGUUCAAAUUCCAUUUGUGCUUCAGAAAGGGCAGGGCCUUCUAGAGUAAGGCAUUUUUCAGAGCACCCUAGCACAUCUAAAAUGAAUGCUCAAGAAGCUCCAGCUGAAGUGGAAUUUGAAGAACCUAUAGAUGAAAAGAAGUUUGAAAAAACAGAAGAUGGGGGAGAAUUUGAAGAAGAUGGUAAAGAAAGUGGCCCCCCAAAAGAGGAAGAAGGUUGCCUCCAAAAAGAAUUUGAAGGUGGCUGCCUUGAAAGAAAGUCUGAGAAAGACUGCCCCAAAAGAGAGCACGAAGACCUUGAAAGACAGUCUGGAGAAGGCAGUCCCAAAAUAGAGUUUGAAGAGGGUGGUCCUAAAGAAGAGUCUGAAAUGAAUGGCCGUGGAAGAGAAUCCAAAAAGAAGCGGCUCAAAAAUGAUUUUGAAGAGAAUGGCCUUGAAAAGAAGUCUGAGGAAGAUGGCCCCAACAAGGAGUCUGGAGAAGAGAAUGGCCCCCAAAAGGAGUUUGAAGAAGAUGAGUCAGAAAGAGAAUCUGAAGAAGACUGCCCUGAAAAGCUGUUUGAAAAUGGCUCUGAAAAAGAAUUUGAAGAAAACGGCCUCAAAAAAGAGCUCGAUGAGAAUGGCUGUGACAAGGAAUUUAAUGAAAACGUGUUUGAAAAAGAGUUAAAAGAAAAUGACUCUGAAAAAUCAGAAUUUGAUGAUGAUAGCUCUGAAAAAGUGUUUGAAGAGGAAGGCUCUGAGAGAGAGUUUGACAAAGAGUCCGAUGAAAAGGAAGGAGGGGAAGAUACAUAUGAAAAAGUUUUUGAUGAUGAGCCUGAUGAAAAAGAAGAUGAGGAAGAUGCUGAUGAAAAGGAGGAAGAUGAUGGAGAUGAAAAGAUGUUUGAAUACUCAGAUGAAAAAGAAGAUGAAGUAGAUGCAAAGGAGGGUGAAGAAGAAGGUAUAGAUGAAAACAUGUUUGAAGAUGAUUCCAAUGAGAAGUUGUUUGAUGAAGAUUCCUGUGAGAAGUUGUUUGAUGAUUCUGAUGAGAAAGGAACUGUGGGUGAUUUGGGGAAUGUUCAGGAAGAAGGGGCCCUGUCCACAGGCAGCAGCUUUAUCCUCAGCAGUGAUGAUGAUGAUGAUGAUGAUAAUGAUAUUUAAUCCCUUAAAUUUACUUUUGAGGGCUGUUCCUCUAUCUACAUUUUGCCUAUGCUCCAGGGUAAUUACUAGUAGUGUUAACAUGAACAUGUGCAUAGUAGUAAGAUGCCAUCAGAUUAAUGAACAAUUUCAUUGUUUCCUAUACCUAAUGAUUUUAAAUAUAUGUUAAUUGGCUCUUAAGUUAAAACUUAAUAGUAUAAUGCAAGUAAACUGGAUACUCAUCCUUUGUCAGAUUUGUUAAAUGCAUGCAGAAUAUUUUUUAAAGUAUUCUGAUUGAAUUUUGUGAUAUUCAAAAAUAAAAAUAAGUUGUUAAUAUGCGGAAACUGAAAACUGGACUUGAGUUAAAUUGCAUUUUAAAUUCUUGCUAUUGCUUUAUUCAUACCUAAGCUUAGUUUUUUAAGGAUUUGUAAAAUCUCAUAGGAAUCUCCUUGCUUCUAGCUUAUAUUACCCCUUAUGUCCCUAUUUCUCCUCUCUAAACCAGAACAUGUUACUAAACUUAUAAGGUAAACAGCACUUAGGAGGUUUUUUCCUGCCCAGUCCUUGAAAGUUACUUUUGUUUUCCUUUAUACCUUCUUUUCAUGAUAGUUGAUUAGUAGAUGUGCAAGAGUGAACUUGCUGAGCUUUACAGCUUCCACUACUGAAGAUACAGAGAAGGAGAUUAGAAUUGUAAUCUAUGCUGUAUUAUUUGGGCCCCUUUAGAAGUUGAUUGGAGGUCUGGGACCUCUCCCCAGAAAAGUGUACACACUACACAACUUUUUGUAUACAGUUUUUAGAGGUUCUUGGAUCCCCUAGAGUUUAAGAAUGUUACCAUUCAUACUUCAAUUUUGUGUUCUUGUUUUUGUUCUAGAAUGGUGCCUAGUACUGUGAUAAAUUGUGUAGUCCCAAUAAAAUGUUGGGUCUUUCUUGCUUAUGCUUUCCAAAUUUAGUAUUGAUGAAUUGACUUCUGAUGUAGCAUUAAGAAGUUAUUCUCAUAAAUUAGAAUCAUUGAAAUAAACUGCAUUGAUGCUUUUUCAUUA